AUGAGAAAAGCAGUUACGAGUGCCGGCAUGGAGGUAUCUACGAAGACCAAAAAUUCCAGUCAAAACGGAAGUGAGAUAAGAGAUAAAGAACUCAAGCUUCCCUCUGCACUUAAAGGACCUGAUGAAAUGAGCACACAAGCGGAGGAGAGUGAAUCUGAAACUUUUCUGCCCAGCGUGUCUUUCGAUACAGUACCUUUUCUCGCGGGAACUGCCUGUGAAGCUUACGAUAGUGACGUGGAGGAUCCUUUUCUAGACUAUACUGAAGAGGAGUACUAUGAUAAUGAGAAUUCGUUAGCUGUGUCGCCGUACCCUAGGGAAAGUUUCCAUUGGGACUAUCCAGGGUACGUCACUCCUGAGAAAUCUUCACCUCCAAAAAUUGGCGGUUUUUCAUCGUUGGAUGCAACCCUGGAGGGUCUAGAUGGGAUUCAUAUUGGCAGUAAUGGAAAGAUCACUCGUUCGGACUAUCCAACAAGGCCCACGAUUGUCAACGACGCAUUCAUUUUGAGCAGGACUCACCGAAGAUGGAACUCACUUUGGGAAGCAAGAAAAAGCCGUAUAGACGGGCGCGCUGCAUCUCCAAAGACAUUUUUUCGAUUUCCACAGAUUUUGUUUCCCAAGCCGCCGAAUAAAACCGUAAGUGACGGCUUUACGCCUCUUUCGAAGGAAGAGAAGAAAAAAUCCAAGAUUUUGAAUGAAAUCGUGGGGUAUACAAACGCACCAAGGACGAUACUGUGUCAUGUGAGUGGCCGGAAAUAUACUUGGGUCGCCCUCGAUUGGUUAGUGCGGUCGUUUUCCAAAGAUGUGGAUCAUUUGGUUGUAAUAAGCAACCUUCCGAGAAGAACAGGUCAAAGGGGUCGCUCCCGAUCUCGAUCGAGAUGCUCCCGUCGAAACAUUUCAGUGGGUCGAAAUGAUGAUUCCGAUUCUGACUACAGAUAUAGGAGAGCACAGUCGGUAGACUCGAAAAGUGAGCGUUUCAAAACGAAGCACGAUUGCUGGAUCGAAUGGGCUUCUGGAUAUGAUAUCGCUGACAUUAAAGAAGCUUUGAACAGCUUGUUCAAUUACAUUGUAGCCAUAUUAUCUCCUCAGAAAGCCAUUAAAGUUACAGUUGAGAUUGUGGUUGGUCGGGCUACACGUAUAAUGUCACAGGCCUUGAACGUCUACUCCCCAAACUUGGUCGUCCUGGGGACGCCUCGGUCGAAGGAUACUGACAGUUUGGUUCUUUGGAAAUCUAGAGCCCUCACCGAUAAGCUUUGUCAGUCUUUUCCCGUCCCAGUCAUCCUCGUGCCGGCUCAAAAGCUCGCCAAUUUUGAAACAGAAUUGUUGCGUGAAUUGCGAGAAGGCGCCAAAUCGAGAGCAACAGUAGAAGGGUACUCACGAAAUCUUUCGGCGACUAACCAGAAUCGAGAUAUCGAUUCCAGCAGCAGUGGUAUGAACACACCGUCAAGUUAUGACUCGGGCGCCUCUACGGGUAGCUGGAUAUCGAGGAAAAAAGAGACUAUAGAUGUUGGCGGGGAUGAUGGUGUUCUGAAGGAAAUGCAAGUUCUGCGGAACAAGACUAAACUUAGGUUUGACCACAUAAAGAAGGAUUCUUCUCUCAGUGAGGACGAUAAGUUGAUUGAAGAGGUUGACGCAGUCUUCAAAUCGUCCCUUGACGGUUUGAAGAAGCUUGAAGAGCAAAACAAAAGCGGAGCCUCUUCUGGAAGGCUGAGACAUCUAAUGCCUCCAGAUGAUGGACGAUCUAGCCAUUCAAGGAGAUCUAUGAUAGACGUUGCUGAAAGUCCUAAAUCACGAAGAGCGACUCCCAAGAUAACAAUUGAUGACAGUGGCGCUCUUGCUGCUCCCAAACGCGUGUCGCAAAUAAAGUUUGCACCAGGUGUCAAGAAAAACGAUAUCAGCGACCUGGAACGGUCUCUCUCCUAUGAUCCGGUCUUAAGGCCCAUGUCUUCCCAGAGUUCUAGGAGCUCGAGCAGUGAUGUUAACUUAAGAAAGGUACGCAGCGCGGGAGGCAAGCCUUCGAAAGCGAAGACCGAAAGGAAGCGCUCGAGGGGAUUUCUUUCGUUGUUUAAAGGAUCCAGUGGAGACAAGUCAGAAAAUUACCAUGAAACUGAGAAAACCAGUACAUCUAGUGAAGCGAGUCGCAAGAAAAAGAGCAGCUUCUGGGGAAAAGGUUUUGGUUGA